AUGUUCAUUCUCAACUGGUUCUGGGAUGUCCUUGCGCAACUUGGGCUGAUGCACAAGAAUGCUAAAAUCCUCUUCCUCGGUCUCGACAAUGCUGGCAAAACGACUCUCUUGCACAUGCUGAAAAACGACCGGCUGGCAACCUUGCAGCCAACGCUCCAUCCGACGUCAGAGGAGCUCGCUAUUGGCAACAUUAAAUUCACAACCCACGACCUUGGUGGACAUCAGCAAGCUCGUCGCUUGUGGCGCGACUACUUCCCCGAAGUCGACGCUAUCAUUUUCCUUGUCGACAGUGCCGACUUUGAGCGUUUCUCCGAGUCCAAGGCAGAGCUUGACGCACUCCUCAAUAUCGAGCAGUUGAACAGGGUCCCAUUCCUUAUUCUUGGCAACAAGAUUGAUGCGCCUGGCGCUGUCAGUGAGGAGGAGCUUCGCCACCAUCUUGGUCUCUACCAGACGACUGGCAAGGGCAAAGUUCCUCUUAACGACAUUCGCCCCAUUGAAAUGUUCAUGUGCUCUGUCGUUCAGCGACAGGGUUAUGGAGAGGGUUUCCGCUGGGUAUCACAAUACAUUUGA